AUGAAAUUUUUAAAAAUUCUUAUUCUAUUAUCAACUCUUGUAUUACCGACAGUAACAAUAAGUUAUAAUAUACAGGGAUACUUAUUAAGAAAAAAACUUCAUGAAAUAAAUAAAAGUGGGCAAAGUUUGUUUGACAAUAGUAGUUUCAAAAAAUUAUCUAAAAUCAGAGUUAUAUCUCCAGUAAAACCUAGAAAACAAUCGAGAAAUUGUUUCUUUAGUGUUAUUCAAUGUUAUCUACCAAAAGUUGAUGUUUACAAAUCAUCAGAUAAUAAAAUUUAUGGCAAACUUCGAAAUGGAAAAACUUAUCAUGGUUCUAUUUAA